GAAUUUGCAUUACUUUUUUUGUGGUUUUUUUUUUUUUUUUGCUAUUGCAAAAAAACUAACAGAAAGGUCAGGGCGAUAAGCGCGCCAUUCCUCAAAACCAAGUCUCUGCUUGUCUGCAAGAACUAGUUGGAAACUCGCUCGCCACCAACAAAAUGGCUGGCGCGGCACCUUUCAAGCAAAGAUGCCUGGUUGGACUUUUCAGUCUUGCUUUGAUCUUGCUGCUGUGCGGCUCUGAAGCCGAUGCCGGCAAAGCAAAGAUCGGCUUGUAUUACGAUUCAGCAUCCUUGUUCGGACCUGCGUGCGACGACAGUUCGGGAGCCACCGCUUGCGACUGUUUCUCGGACUGGUACAUUACCAUAGGCUCCACUAAGUUCUCUGGCUCAGUUGCCAAACAGCAAGACGAGAACAAUCCAGUCUGGGAGCAAUACUUCACGACCAGCCAGGUCAACAAUUACCCUGGCUCAUUUACAGUGGAGUUGGACUUCUACGACGCAGACUUUUUGUCAACCCAGACUCUGGGCUCCAUCGUCCGAACCUACACAGCGGGUUCCUCUGCUGAUUACAUUCCCAUUACUGUCACCGAUCCUUUCUAUGCUGCAUACUGGAUCAAGUUUGCGUAUCGUGUCAUCUGCCAAGCCAACUAUUACGGCCCGACAUGCGACACGUUCUGCACCACCUCCACUGGAAACUGUAGUACCUGCGAUCCCGUGUCUGGCGCUUGCACAGCCUGCAAAUCAGGCUACACUGGCGCUCCUUCCUGCUCGACUUGCGCCCCCAACUACUAUCCGAGCGGCUCUGGUUCGUGCGUGUAUUGCGUACCCGAUAACGGUGGCUAUUACACGUGUUCGCCAACAGGCAGUAAGGUUUGCACUCCUGGCUACACUGGUACCAGUUGCAACACGCUCGUUACCUGCCCGACCGCUCCAGCUGCGCCGACCAACACCACCAAGAGCCAAUGCAGCUCUGUCAGCGCCAACUCCACCUGCACCUACCAGUGCAACGCUGGCUACUCAAUCUCUGUAGGCUCUCCGAACAUCACUUGCAGCACAGCAGGCGCAUGGGCACCUACAGCUACAACUCUCAGAUGCGUUGAUACAAAUGAAUGCGCUACCUCCAACGGCGGCUGCAACCAGACGUGUUCCAAUUCGGUUGGAUCGUACAGCUGUAGCUGCCUCACUGGCUACACGAAAAACGGCGACGGCACCGGCGCAACCGGCUGUCUCGACAACAACGAGUGCAGCACCGCGAACGGCGGCUGCCAGCACAUCUGCAACAAUCUCCCUGGCUCCUACGCUUGCUCGUGCAACAGUGGAUACCAGCUGCAGCCUGACGCCAAAUCUUGCAUCAACAUCAACGAGUGCACGACUGGAAUGCACAACUGCGCUGCGAAUGCCACUUGUGCCGACACUAUUGGCUCGUUUACUUGCACCUGCAAGGCUGGCUUUUCCGGCAACGGAACGCACUGCGACGACGUGAAUGAGUGCAAUGGCAUCCCGUUCCCGUGCAGCAGUGACGCCCUAUGCACAAACACCCCUGGAAACUACUCGUGCGCCUGCAAGCCUGGCUUUUUGGGCAAUGGUUUGGAGUGCGCGGCUGAUGGUCGCGUCGCGUUUGAUGUUUCGUCUCGCUUCCUGGUGGUUCGUCGACCCGCGUCAGGCACGAGCACGAUCUCCCUGGUUGUUGAGGCUCCCGUCGAAGUCCCUGCUGCGAGUGUCGAAUUCACCAUCAGCUCGGCAUCUUUGACUGCUGUUUCUUCAGCACCGCUGCAGUUUUCUUCGACAGUGCAUCAGCAGACCAUCACACUGAACCUUGCUGCAAGCGGCAGCGCGUUGGCUCAAGAAACGGUCAACAUUCAACUUGCCAACCCCCUCAACAUGGCAUUGGACGACCACUUUAACAGGUCUCAGAUUGUGAUUGAAGCCAGCCAGUCGCAGUUUGGCACGGUCGGCGUGUCCGCUGGCUCCCGUCAGAUCAGCUUGAGCAACGUCAUGGCCAACCCCGAGUUCUCAAUCACGUUGGAGCGUUUCAGCGCCGUUUCCUAUGCCUCGGCCGUCGAUGUCACGUUUUCCGUGACCUCCACUGUGGCCAGCGCCACCACAUUCGUUGCGACAAUUCCCGCAGGCCAGCAAACUGUUGCGGUUCCCAUCACAGUGCCAAACAUGGGUACUCCGACCGUCCCUUCAACGCUGACGUACACCAUCACUGCUGCGACCGCUGUGACUCUUGGCGAAGCGACUCCGAUUGGCUACUACGGAUCGUCGGUCGUUGCAGUGCCCGAACAUGACUACCCCUACGGUCUGUUCAGCAUUGCCAAUACUGCCUCCUCCUGGCCUGAACCAUCAUCGACCAGUCUCACCAUCACACGUGCUCGUGGUAGCGUUGGCACUGUCACUGUCCGCGUCACUCCGUACGCUGUCGCAUUCAACACGUCAACUGGCACACCUGUGGCCACGAUUGACUCGGAUUUCGUUUCGACACCUGUGGAUGUCGAGUUUACCGCUGGAAUCCUGACCAAGAACGCUCUUGUUGCCAUCCUGGAUGACACCAUUCCUGAACUCGCCGAGGUCUUUGGCGUUCGCCUCGAGAUUGUCAGCGGCGGCGGUGCGGUUGACUCGACUGCUUCUGACGUUCUGGUGACAAUUGCGGAAAGCGACAGCCCGCAUGGCGUUUUGGCAUUUGACGCUGCCACUUUGGCGGUUGACGAGCCGGCUGCUGACAGCAAUGUGUCCAUUGCCAUUACGCGAACGGCAGGACUGUUUGGCGACGUUACGUUUGCCUGGGCGACCUCCAUCACCGGCUCCGACCACAGCGUCAAUGCCCAAGCUGGAUUGGACUUUGUGGAAGGCGCAGGCACUGUGACGCUGCUUCAGGGCCACUCGAGUGCGGUCAUUCAGGUCGUCAUUCGCGCGGAUUCGCUUCCGGAACUGGACGAGACUUUCGCUGUUACCCUGUCCAGCCCCACUGGCGGUGCGACCUUGGGUGCACAGUCGACAAUCACAGUGACCAUUAACAAGAACGACAAACCCUACGGCACCAUUGGCUUUGUCACUCCAACGUUGACCAAGUCGGCUGAUGGCAGUGCACGGUUCCUCGUCACUCGUGGCUCAACUUUCACUGCAGAAGUUGCGCGCUAUUUCGGCACGUUCGGAACUGUGACAGGCGAUGCCACCUUGCAAUUCACAACACCGGUGACUGCCGCUGACUUUAACAAUCAAGUGGUGCGGACUGUGAGCUUUGCGGCUGGCCAGACGUCGCAGACAUCCAACUCUUUCAAUGCCGUUGCCGCUCAAGCCCCUGUUCGUCUAUUCAACAUUGUUCUGAGUCCCAGCUCGGGAUCUCUGGCGACGCUCGAUGCUGACGCCCCUUCUGUCAUUCCAUGUGCCAUCGAGGCCAGCAACGCCGUGGACGGCGUCGUCCGUUUCACUUCCCUCACAUUCAUUGCUCAGGAGAGCGCUGGCGUUGCGCUCGUCACGGUGGAGCGCACUGGCUCAGCGCUUGGUGCCGUGACAUUCACCUACAGUGUCCGAACUGGCACAGCCGGCGGUGAAGACUUUGACGCAUCCAUCCAGGACGCGCCCGUUGUGAUUGAAGCCGGUGCAGCGAGCACUGUGAUUAGCAUUGCGGUUGACGACGACGACAUUCCCGAGCUGGACGAGACGUUCACUGUGCUCUUGACGGGCAUCACUGCGGGCUCCGCCUACCUCACCUAUGCCUCUGUGGCCACGGUCACGAUUGCGGCCAACGAUGAUCCGUACGGCCGGAUGGAGUUUGCACCCUCUGGCAAUCCGCUUGGCGAUGAUGUCUACACGGUUUGGGAGGGCACCCCUUCGCUGACCAUUCCUGUGCUGCGCAACGCUGGUGUUCUUGGCGCAGUGGCUGUCACUGUCGUCGCAGGCACGAACGCGUCCAUCGCUCCGUUCACACCCUUCCUUAAUCGUUACCAUCCGGACGAAGGCGUAUCCUUAACUUCGGACUUGCAAGUCACGUCACCGCUCUUGGUGCGCUUUGCUGCUGGACAGAGCAGCACGACGGACUUGCUGGUGUUGACCAUUCGCAACGAUGACAUCCCCGAAGGAACCAAAGCCUUGUACCUUGCCUUGCAAAACCCAACAAAUGGCGCCACACUCGGCCCGCUGAGUGUCAUCAUGGUUGAACUACGGGACAGCGACACCGAGUCAACGGAUGACACCGCCAUGGCUGCUGCAGUCGGCGCUGGCAUUGGCGGCGGCAUUUCCCUGCUCAUCCUGCUCAUCUUCCUCCUGGUGGUGCUUGUUCGUCGGCGCCGUUCCAAGCAGAAGAAGCAGGCCGGCCGCGCACGCACACACAGCUCGGCCGGCACGAACGGGAUGGAACUCAACCCGCUGCAUGGCCACUCGAGCGUCAUCAUCUAUGACAAUCUGCAGAUGAGCAGUGCAAAGAGCCGGGAGGCAAAUGGCGACUACGAUCCCCUCCGCCCACCGACAAACGGUGACUACGAUCCUCUCCGCCCGCCCGUUUCGUCGCAGCCGCCGCCACUACCACCAGCGUCGCAUUACCAAACACCAACAGCAGGCAGAAUGUCGUCCGAAUAUGCUUCUCCCGGCUCGAACAAGACCUCCUACGCCACGCCUUCAUCCGGUUCCCUUCACUACGUUUCCGUCGAAGGCGGGAGCGGAACUCCGCCGCCCCCUCGAAGCUCCGGGCCACCCAAGCCACCGCCGCCUCCCACGUCCGCGUAUGCUGGUAUUGCCCCCGCGCCGCUUUCGUCGCGCAACGCGUCGAGCGUCGGCAGCACCCAUUCCACGUGAGAGCGGUUUCACUUAUUUUGUUGUUUCGUCCUUCGUUCGUGUAUAUUGUGUAUCGUUGGUUGAAGUCAACCAGAAAAUCAAUCGUGCUUUUGUCUUGAUCAUCAUCAUCGUCAUCAUCAUCAUCAUCAUCA